CCUUCGGAGGGCAGCGUUCGGCGAGGUGGAAAAUGGAGAUAGUGGAAAGUUAAAGUUGAAGAAGUAGGAAUCAUGAACGCCACGGGACAAGAGGGAUUAUUCCACAACCGGAGUCAGAUGUCCCUCAGCAAAGAGGACCCGGAGCGGGAUUCCUCGGCGGGAUGCUACGAUCAGCUGCUGAUCUCCACCGAGGUCUUCCUGACUCUGGGCAUCAUCAGUCUACUGGAGAACAUCCUGGUGGUGGUGGCCAUCGUCAAGAACAAGAACCUCCACUCGCCUAUGUACUUCUUCAUCUGCAGCUUGGCGGUGGCCGACAUGCUGGUAAGCGCCUCCAAUGCGUCGGAGACCAUCGUCAUUGCGCUGAUUAACGGCGGCACCCUCAGCAUCCCGGUGCGGCUCAUCAAGAACAUGGACAAUCUUUUCGACUCCAUGAUCUGCAGUUCGCUCCUGGCGUCCAUCUGCAGCCUGUUGGCCAUCGCUAUCGACCGUUACAUCACCAUCUUCUACGCGCUGCGCUACCACAACAUCGUCACCUUGCGGAGGGCCACGCUGGUCAUCGCCGGCAUCUGGACCUGCUGCAUCGUCUCGGGCGUGCUCUUCAUAGUCUACUCGGAGAGCACCACCGUGCUCAUCUGCCUCAUCAGCAUGUUCUUCACCAUGCUGGUGCUCAUGGCCUCGCUCUACGUGCACAUGUUCCUGCUGGCGCGCCUGCACAUGAAGCGGAUCGCCGCGUUGCCAGGUCAAGCGCCGGUUCAGCAGCGUGCCAACAUGAAGGGCGCCAUCACGCUCACCAUUCUUCUGGGAGUCUUCGUGGUUUGCUGGGCGCCUUUCUUCCUGCACCUCAUCCUCAUGAUCAGCUGCCCCCGAAACCCUUACUGCACCUGCUUCAUGUCGCACUUCAACAUGUACCUCAUCCUCAUCAUGUGCAAUUCCGUCAUCGACCCGAUCAUCUACGCUUUCAGGAGCCAGGAGAUGAGGAAAACCUUUAAGGAGAUCUUCUGCUGCUUGCACGCCUUCAUGUACGUGUGAAAUUAGAGCGUUUCAGGCUCGAAGGGGUUAAUGGGAGGAAGGUAGCCUUCAAAUGUGGACUGAAAAAUCUUGGUGGAAAAUCCAGCAUCAAGAAAUUAGCGAUGCCUUCAGGACUUAGGACAUGAGAAAGACCUUCAAGGAGAUCUUUGUUGACUGAAAGCUCAUAUUGAAAUGGAAAUACUGGUACAUUUUGCACAUGAUGGUAUUGAAUGUGAACAAACUACACUGUCGAGGCAAAAGUAUUAGGACUGAAGCUUUGUCGCGGGCCGUUACGUUGGCCAACGUUCAUAAAUAUUUAGCGCAUUUAGCCACCAUCGAUGGCGCGAGACUUCCAAUCCAUCGUCUCGCGCCGUCAACGGCAUUUAA